UAUAAACCCCCUUAGAUAGCCUUUGGCUCUAUAUGUUAAUGCGGUGUAUGUACGACAUCUAUGACCACACGUAGACCUCGGUGAUACAGAUUUCUGUUAAUGCAGGUCUUUGGCACGUCGGGUUCAAGGACGCUUCUACCGGUAGGGUCUGUACAUAGUGUUUGACUGCUUGAAGCUGCCCCCCUCCCCAUCUAUCCACCAUGGUAGAGAUCAGCCGCUGUUGUGGCCUGUGGACCAUCCCUGUUGGCUGCAUGGCGACAGCUGCAGGAUACUCAAUAUUUGCCCUGAUUGGGAUCAUCAUAAGUAUCGCAAAGCUUGCUAACCUGUCUUAUCUCACCGGAUACACUUACGAUCACAGUCUGACGUAUGUGGGGUUAGCUCUCAAUGUCGUGCUACUACUGCUGUGCAAUAUGCUGUUCCUCGGCGUGCUCAGAAAACAUGCAAGUUUGUGCUUCGCCUGGGUGGCGGGCAUGGCGCUCUGGGCAUGCGUGAACAUGUCCGUAGCUGUCCUCUCUACAGACCAGGACAUAGAUCUGAUCAAUUCGGAAGGUUCUAUUUCCGAGGAUGCUGGGCCUAUUGCCAAUGUCCACGCCGGUUUGAUUGCAAGUUGGAUAUUGGUGGUAUUAGAACUACUCCUUUUGAUAUAUUGCGGUCUUGUUGUUCACACGCAUGCGCAGAAACUUUCCAGAGAGCGUGUGUUUCGUGAGUUAUCGGCGACACAUGCCUCUGCUGAUCCAAAUCCAGGAAAUGUAUCUUACGGUAUGGACCUGCAGCCAGUCAUGGGGACGCCACUGUACGCCUAUUCAUAAAUCUUCAUGUCGCAAAAAGCAAUCCACGACCACAUCGUCUUAUCCGGAUUGCUACUUGCACUAUAUAAUUUGUACCACACCGUAGCAACAAAUGCUAUAGAAGGCAGUUAGGCACAAUACUCAAGCUUUAUAGCCCCCUCAAGGCCAUUGUGGAUUUUGUGAAUUUGAAUAGUUACUGGUUACAAAUAUUCUCGAGAUAUAUAUGUGUUAGUAAUAUCGCGGAGAAAAGUACAUGGCAUGUGUAUCAUAACUAUAUAAUUAUCAGACAAUGUUUUGCUAAAACUGUAGAUACCAGUUUUAAACUGUUUUCUCAAGUUCAUCUUCAAUACUAUCCUUUGGUAUUUGGAUAGAAAAAAAUAAUGCUGCAUAUAUAUGCUGCUAGGAAUCCUUUUAAGUUUAUCUUACGAAGAUGUUGUAGGCAGCUGAGCACCCCGACCUUUAUUGAAAAGAUGAUGCAUAAUUCUACAUUCGUUUUUAAUUAUAAGAAACAUGUCAGCGUGGCUUUCAUCUGCAGCAAAGAUAGGCCAUAAGUCAUACCGCGGCACCACGAAUCCAAUACCACUAUAUGCAUGCUACAUAUGCAUGUACACUUAUCUUUUUUGUAUAUGGUCAACAGUGCGUGUAUUUCUUGUUACGUCUAUGAAUUUGUAAAGAAGAUAGAGUUAGGGACAAACCAGAUAAGAUGGCGUUUCUGUGUAGAAUGGUGAGAGGGAACAAACGCAAGGAAUUAGUUUGGUAUCGACUCUCUGUAAUCUCCAAGUAGAUCCUACGGUGGCAUGACAUAGGCUUAUAAGAUAGUAUCAAAACCUGGCAACGAAAUGUAGCCGGUCUGGGAGUCUUUCAUUGGCCAGCUUUUGAUACUAUCUUAUGCUGCCGUACGGAUCUGCUUAAACUCUGUAAUCUUCCAACGUACCUGCAUAUUUCAUAGCACACGUUUUGGUAGCAUGAAAUGUUCUCUUAGUCUGUGUUAUUUUUCAUCCAUGUCGAUCUUUAAAUAUAAAGUGUUAUUCAGUUUA